AUGGAACCUCAAGCGGAACAAAGUACGAAGCUUCCUCGUCCAAUGAUACGUCAACCCGUUGACUCGUACCAUCGACAUAUCCGCGCCGUCCAUGGAGUCGAGAAUUCUUCAGAACCUGGAUCUUCAAGUGGCUUAGGAAGAUCAGACUCGCACCGGCUUGGGUCAGCUUUUUCAGGCUCCCAGCACGGAAACGUCGCUUCGUUCUUCGAUUCCGAAAGAUUGGCCAGCUCUGCUGCUCCUUUUGAUCCAAGUAAUAAUCCUUCACCAACAAGAAGCAGCGGAAUACGAUGGCCUUUUCUGGGAAGCAUCAAAUCGCGGAUGAGCCAGGCUUUCCCUGAUUCACCGCGCCUUUCGCCAUCCGAACCUACUCAAAUCGAAUUACCAUGGCGCCCAGUCUUUCUGCAUCGACGAAUAUUGGCCAUCUAUGCUCUUGUGUUUGUUGUUUUGAUAGCAGGAGUGCAAGUCGCACUUCAGUUAUCUGAACACAAUGGAGGCCUUCACGAGUCCGACGAUCUUUCGAGAUAUCUGUGGCAAUAUGGAACAACUAUAAUAUUUAUUCUCGUGGCCGCUUUCUGGUACAGAGUUGAGUUCCAGGCUUCUGCUUCCAUGCCGUGGAUCCGCAUGUUGAACACACAGGUUGAAGCUGACAAGUCUCUCUUAUUGGAUUACGUUUCUCUUUCUGAACCGGUGGCCAUCUUCAAAUCAAUUAAAAACAAGGACUGGCUAGUAACGAUUCCAGUCAUCGCUGGCAUAAUCUUCAAAAUAAUGGUCAUUUUCUCUGUGGCUUUCAUCACACCCAAAGUCACCACGGUUGCCAACCACAAGAUCGCUACAACAAUUCAAUCCGAGUUCUCCAACAACAUUUCCGGGUUGGAAAACGUUGGGUCUUUGCCGUAUUUCACUCUUGCAGCUCUUGCAGUUGACAAUAUCACUUUUCCAAACGGAGUUACAUCUCGAGCAGCUUACACGCCAUUUAUAAGCGAUAUCCCCGAACUGAAACAGAUCACAGCACGUGUGGACGGUUUUAUCGGUGGCAUGGACUGUGAAGAAGCCGAGUUAACUUUGGACUCUAUGCGAUUACGAAAUGGGAAUGCUAUGUUGUUGAACAUGACCCUAUCGAAUGGACAAUGCUCCUCAAAUCAAACGAUUACAAGCACGAAACUCGUUACCACAAAUAACGAAGAUCCCUCAAGAAUGUUUCUUGCAUUUCAACCAGGUCGAUGUGGAAAUUCUGCAAAAGGCGAUGAUCAGCGAAUAGCUGUUAUGGCUGGUGUUCUGGAUGUCGAUAUUGAUCAGCUCAAGCGCCAGUCAAGGACAUCGAAUAAUCGCCUUGAUGGAAAAAUAUCGUCAUCUGCUGCAUUUCUAUGUAAGCCUAACUACAUUAUCACCAGGAUCAAGGUUACCAAGACGCCAGAAGCCGUUCUCUCAGUCAUACCCGACCAACAGGCGACAAAUACCACACUCAGUCAAGUGCCAGCAUGGACCGUCGCUCGAGCUAUGUUUGACACCUUUGAAUCCGACCAAGCAACAGAACUGAAGUUAUUGGCAACGUUCACAAACUCAUCGUACAGUCGAGAAGCCAUCCUUGAUACCGACGAAGCUAUGUCAGCUGCCCUCGCACUAAGCUCAAGGAAUGGAGGGGAUUUGCCUAGCCUAGAAUCUUUAACAGAGAAUGAUACUUUGAGAAGACUUUCCGAGAAUUUCUUCACGCAGUAUUCGGCCCUCGUUGCUCGAUAUGCCAUGAUGAAGCCUUCAUCAAGCACGUCAACAGCUAUCGCGAGCUACAUUGAACGACGUAUUGUUGUACGACCGGUGCCAGCAUACAUCAUAACUGCAUUUCUGGCUAUCUGCUUCGUUCUGGUAGUGUCGACAAUGUUCCUCGUUCCAAGGAAAGGCUUCCUCCCACGAGAUCCCAGCACCAUCGUUGGAAUGGCUUCAGUUGUGGCACAUAGCCACCCGCUGGUAGAAUGUCUGAAAGGCAUGGGAGCUGCACCCAACAAGGCUUUGAGAGCAAGACUUGAUGGCUCGACCUACCUGAGCGGAGCUGAGGGUCACGAAAAGUUGGAGAAUCCCAACCUGGGCUAUUACCAUAUCUUUGGAGGCAACGCGCCUCCUGCGAACGUUCUGCCACGCCGUUUCGAUUCCUCAGGCUGGAGACAGCCCGUUACAUUACAUGGACUGAUUCGGUUGAUCUACAUCCUUGUUCUUGCUUGUAUCAUAAUAGGAUUCGAGAUCUCCCUACGAGUGUCGCAGAGAAAUGAUGGGCUAAGAACGAUGAAGGACGAUGGAGCGUACAUCGCAUGGACUGUAGUACCAGCCUUGGUGCUUCUCUUAGUGGCAAUGUACAUGCUGUCCUUAGAAUGGUGGACAAGACUUCUUUCACCAUUCUCGCAUCUCUCACGCCGAGGAGAGUUUGAGGAAACGGUCGGACUCAAUCUUGUGAAUGCAUUGAGGCAUGCCGCGUGGUCAAGGGCUCUUAAGAUCCGAGAUAUUGCUGCCCUGGCCGCCAUCUCUGGUGGAUUUGUUGCGCUUCUCAUGGUAGUCGCAACUGCUCCUCUGUUUGAGCCGAUGCCAGUCGGGCAGAACACCAGUAUUGCUUUGCGUACCGAGGACUUCUUCGCCAACAGUCUAGCAUCAUCCAGCGACGAUCCUAUCUGUACUGACUGUACCAACGAUACCAUCAUGGCAUCGCUGAUACUGGCGGGCGACGCACCAUAUCCCCCUUUCACCUAUGCAAAUCUCAACGUACCGAAUAUGUCGCUAGCCGAAGCGGUCGAGGGGAACGAUCUCACGUUCAGUGCACGACUUACGGCAAUCCGCCCAAACAUGUCAUGCCGACUAUACCAAUCCGACGAGAUUUCCACCAAUCUCACCCUCGAGUACAAACUUGACGACAGGAUAGUCAAUCCACUUCGUGUCGAUCUCGAAGGCGAGACCUGCCGAGGAAGUGGAGAGCGCAAUGGUAGUAACGCAAUUAUUGGGACGACAACGACUUCAUUUCCUGCACAGCAUGGCAGAAGCCUGAGUAGAGAUACACUCUUCGGUGUCGGCUUGAAAAAGACAACGUCAUCGCCACAUUGUUCAGACUGGUUAUACAUAUGGGGAGAGCUAGUCGAUGUGGGCAGUAGUGACAUGUCAGUGAGCAGCAUCAAUGCCCUUGCCUGUAACGAAUCCAUUGAAGCAGUUGAUGUCGUUGCUCUCUUCCACGGACCCAACGAUCUACGUCUCUAUCCGGACCAUCAGCCUAUUCCGGUCGAAAGCACCGCCCAGGACACGACCGUCGCCAUUCCAGAACUCGAUUACUCAAAGCUCAUCAAUGUAACUUCAGAUGGUCUCCUUGAUACGUUUUUUGCAAUGUUGAACGCAUCUCAGUUCGCCGUACCCGACAGUACAUUCGGUAGCUCAACUCCCAGUGCCGCAAACGAAGUCCAGUCUGCUAUCUUAUCUCAGCACGGAAUCAUAAGGGCACAGUCAUUGAACUUCAGAAGUCGACGCCAUUUGUCUUCAAGAGGAACAUUUCCAGUCGCAGAUGGGACAAAUAUUGUCAGUGGUAUCGAUCCUGAUGAACCGGUUUCUCAGGCUGUCCCAGUUAUCAGCGGUAGUCAAGUUACAGAGAGUGUUCGCCUUCGACAGGAUGCGAUCGCCACACGAAUUCUACAGGGUAUCGUGGGCGCCUUGAUGCUUCUUCAUAUCAUCUCGUGGAUCUAUUGGAGACGGAUUAGGCUUCCUCGUUCGCCAACGACCAUUGCAUCUGUUACAGCACUUCUCGUUGAUGGCAAUCUUUUCAAAUCACUACCCCGAGCCGCACAAUGGCAGCCAGACAGUGAGCUUGAAGCCAUUUUCACCGAGGGAGAUACCCCACAACGAUUCCAGCUUGGAUUUGACCGUAAAGGGCGAGGUAGAGGACGUGAUGGCCGGGCAAAGAAGGAAGAAGGCAACUUUGGAAUCCGUGCAAUCGUUCCCAAGGAGCAUAUACCAGAGGAAGUGGAAAUGAGACCAUUGCCUCCUCCAAAACCACCACCAAAGCCGGUGAAAGAGAGGAUCGGAGUGGUUCGUCAAGGAACGGGAUUGCUUGGGGAAGAUGGUACCCAAAGGAAAUCGGUGCUGGUCACUAAAGGACACACAAACAAUUCAAAAUCGAAGAGUUCUAAGGGCUCAAAGGACUCGAAGGGCUCCUCGGGGAGCAAUGGACCGAAUAGAAAGAGAUCCAUCUCAUCAGCAUUGAGCGUACCCAAAGAGAUGGUAAAAGUAUGGUGGGCGGGUGGAAGUUGA